AUGGACGAUGGCGAUGACGCGACCUGCUACAUGGUCGAGGAACGGGCGUUCGAGUACGACUACGACGCCGAGUUCGACUGGAAUAACAUGACCGUUGCCGACUGCAACUGCACUCAUCCUCUCCAUAAAUUCCUUGAGGUGCAUAUUUCGAAAUUUGUCAAGUUUUCGAGAAAAAUAUUUUAUUUCCGAUGGCUACCAAUUGUUGUAAAGUGCGCUCCAAGGCGAUUAUUUUAAAAAUUAACCAAAAAAGUCAACUUUCAUAGCCUUUUCGUCACGGGAACAGUCUGAUUUCUCUGUGCCCUCUUCUUUUUAGUGCUCUCUGACCUCCACGAUGAGAGAAAAGAGAGCGCAGGCAGGUCAGACUUCUUCAAGUCGCGGCCAAUAGACUAGACUGGGUAGGAACAUAGAAUGCAAAAAAAGUCAUUUUUGAAGUUAAAAUUUGAGAAAGUCUGAUUUAUCUGUGCCCUCAUCUUUUUACUGCUCUCUAACCUCGCCGGUGAGAGAAAAGUGAGCGCAGAGAGGUCAGAAUGUUUCAAGUUGAACAGACUAUAUUGAGUAACGGAAAAAAUAGAAAAAGAUUUUUUAACAUUUCGAAACAGUCUGAUUUCUCUGCGCCCUCUUCGUUAAAGUGCUCUCCAACCUCAUCGUUGAGGGAAAAGAGAGCGCAGGCAGGUCAGACAGACUAUUUCAAGCCGCUUCUCAUAGACGACAAAGUCUUUUGGACUAAAAAUCUUCGUUUUGAGCUUCAGAAGCGAACAUCUUGCUUUUCCAUAGCCAUUCCUCGAAAAUUUUCGGCUAAGCUGUCUGGGACUUGUUCGGAUUUUCUGAGAAUUUUCGGCCCUUAGAAGGAUUAUCGACUCUUGUGGGAGUCUGAGGAGGCUAUUGGAAUGAGGAAUUAUUUCUUUGGAACAACUUGAAACCGUCUGACCUCCCUGUGACCUCCUCUCUCUCAUAUUGGAAAAGUCGGAGAGAGUAGAGGGCGCAGACAGGCCAGAACUCGUUCUGAGGAGUUUUUUUUUUCGAUAUGACCAUCGAAAAAAAAGGACUAGGACUAAUACUUCAUUUCAAACAAAUUGUAACUGUCUGACCUCCCUGCGCCCUCUUCUCUCUAAUCGGAAAGGUCGGAGAGAGUAGAGGGCGCAGACAGGCCAGAAAUCGUUCUGAGGAGUUUUUUUUUUGAUAUGACCAUCGAAACGAGGAAUAAUACCUUAUCUGAAACAAAUUGUAACUGUCUGACCUCUCUGCGCCCUCUUCUCUCUCACCGGAAAGGUCGGAGAGAGUAGAGGGCUCAGACAGGCCAGAAAUCGUUCAGAGGAGUUUUUUUUUAUAUGACCAGGACUAAUACUUCAUUUCAAACAAAUUGUAACUGUCUGACCUCCCUGCGCCCUCCUCUUUCUCACCGUAAAGGUCGGAGAGAGUAGAGGGCGCAGACAGGUCAGAUUUUAUACCUAUUUGGAAUGGGUAAGAUCCAUUUUUUCUCAGGUCUGCACGUCGAUAUGCACUGUCCACCACACCGGGGUGGUAUUUUCCAUGUCCGAAGAGGAUUUAUUCGAAGUCGCCCUGCCGGCCUUUCUCUACUCCCUGGUCUUCCUCGUCGGAACCGUCGGCAACGCAAUGGUUCUUUUUACUGUUUCAGAACUUCCUUUUAACACUUUGAUCGAAUUCCCGUAUGAUAUUCAUAUUAUGUCGACAAUCCAUCAUUUUUACAUUUUUUUUUCAGAAAAAAUGUGCCCUUUUUGGAAAUCUUGAAGUUUAUCAUUGUCCUCUAGUGAUAUUUUUAGGGUUAACACUGAUCUGUUCCUAAGUUCAGUUAAGAAAUCAAGAAUGUGCGCUCCAUGGACAAACUUUUUUUUACACCUUGGAAACUCUCACGUCAAGGUUUCUAGUGUUUUAAUGACCACUAUGACGCUUUGUACAGGUGGUUUUAGUGGCCACCUUAGGGUUCUAUCCAAGCAGGAACCUCUUAAGUGCCAGUCAAGUUUUUUUUUCAGGUGAUAUUUGUUGUGAAUCGCUUCAAACGGAUGCGAAACGUGACGAACAUCUUCCUGGCUUCGUUGAGUACCGCUGAUCUUUGUCUCAUCUGGUUUUGUGUUCCUAUCAUGGUAAUAAUAAGUUUGUAUACUUCAUUCGCCACGACUUGGAAACGUCUGACUUGUCUGGGCUCUCUUUUCUCUCACCGACGAGAGCCUAAGGAGCUUCAGAGUGGUCCCUACAGGGGCAACCUUAGGGGCGCUUGAAACAUCCCCUCUAAAAAUCACUUUACCUUCGCUUGUAGGACCUUACCUAUGAUCAUUAUUGAACCUUACGAAAGGGGUCACUCCCGGGGUUUUAGUAAGUGGCCCCUAUGGGGGAUAUGCCAGUCGUCCAUAGGUAGGAACUCUAUGAGAAGAAGCAUCUUCAUGCUAAAAAUCAACACAGGAUGUGCCCUUUUUUGGAAAUUUAAAAUUUAUCAUUGUCCUUAAGUGACCUCUUCAGGGCCAACACUGAUCUGUUCAUAAGUUCAUUUAUUAAAAAAAUCAAGAAUUUGAGCUCCAUGGACAAAGUUUUUUUGUUACACUCUGGAAACUGUCCAACUUUCUUUUUUUAAUUUUUUUCGAUCUGAACGGAAAGUUUGAAGACCCCCCCUGAUCCCUAUAGGGACCACUACAGCGCUCCCAAGCACAUGUCCCGGUUUCAAGUCGGGGCUAAAAAGGCAUAAAAAUGUUUUUUUGUUUGAUAUUUGUUUUCAGUUCGUAAAAUACAUGUCGCAUUCUUGGUUCAUGGGCCGUUUCGCCUGCUAUUCGGUCCAUUAUAUCCAACAAUUUACCUGUUUCUGCUCGGUUUUAACCAUGACGAUGAUCUCGUUCGAGAGGUUCGAUUGGAAUUUUGAACUUUAAAGAAAAAAUAAAUUUUUUUAGGUUCCUAGCAAUAGCCUAUCCGAUGCGGAACAUGUGGCUGUCUUCCAUUGGGAGGGCCAAAAAGGUGGAUUUUUUAAAAAUCAUUUUAGAGGGCAGUUUUAAGAAUUAUUAGUGAAAAUUAAGCUUUCAAAAAGGUUGGAAAAACGUAAAAUUAUUCGAAAAAUUCAUCGGAAAAAAAUUGUGAAAAACGUUGAAAAUGAGACUUAAUUUUGAUUUUUCUUUCUUAAACAUCAUUUUCAAGGCUUAUGUGCAAGAUAAAAAAAUAAUGAAAUUUAUUUUAUUUUUUUCUAUAAUCCCGAAUUUUUUUCCGCCAAAAUGGAAAAAUUCCAUUCAAAAAAAUCAGGUUUUUUUAAUUUUUUUCAUCUUCAAAUUUAAGAGAUAAUUUUUAAAAAAAUCCAUUAAAUUUUGGUCUUUUUUUCAGUCACAGAGCUUUUUUUUCGUUUGAAUCAAAAAAACUCGAAAAGGUAGGGAAAGGUACAUUGUCCAUAGAGCGAGCUUUCCUCGAAGCUUUUCUAAGCGCGGCUAUUUUUUCUCAGCGAAAAAACUUCCAGGUAAUUUUACUAAUUUGGCUCCUUUCUGCGGUUUUGGCAAUACCUACAGCAAUUCGUAUCGACUACGAAACGAAUAUGUCUCUGUCUGGGCAAAGGGUCCAUUGGUGUCGUCGAAGGUACGUUUUGGGAACCAUGGUCGCAUUUGGAAUGGCUCGAUGGCGUUUUAUUUUAAAAGUGCUAUUUCGAACCAGUUUAUGCUUCGUCUGUUCAAAUUUUGAGUGUCAAUAAAAAUGACGUCACUCAAAAUUCCUCUCUGAAGUGGUCACUCUCUGAUUGGGUCAUCGCGGUGUUAGGGGCGGAGCUUGAAAGAUGACUCAAUAUUAAAAACCUAAACAAACGAUAGCAGAAAGCGCUCCUUGAGACAUUCCAAAUACGGUCCGAAAACUUCAAAAAUUCAAAUUUCCCUUCAGAUUUCCGAGUAAUUUUCUCGGUUACUCACGGGUCAAGCUCAACCGUGUUUAUGCCGUUUAUCAGGUAUUUAUCAUUUUCUUGAAAAAGAAAAUUUUUUUCACUCAAGAUGCUACUUUUGAUCGUUUUCCCCGUGGUGACCAUGACGAUUUGCUACGCUCGCGUCUCGGCUAUCGUCUACAAAUCUUCAAAAGAUCGGAUCAUUUUAUCGCAGGCCAUGUUCGUUAUUUUGCUAGAAAGAUAUCAUUUUAAUAGUUUCAGUUUCUUUCAUGUAGAAACUUUCCAGAAGAUAUGAAGUUGAAUCCAUUUUCAAGUUUUUUUCGGGAUUUUUCGUUUGAUCUCGAAUUUCCCGCCAAAAGCCGCGUCGCGUACGCAACGCGUCGCCCUUGUCACUUUAAAAUACAUAGACAGACCUUUUUUAGCGGCCGCCAUCACUUCCUCCAAAAUGAAAGCCAGUACUACCUCGCUAUUUAGGAAACUUCCCCCUUCGGUUGAACUUUUGAUGAAACGUUUGCUGAAGUGCACGUUAGGACCUCCUGAUUGCAGAGAAAAAAAAUUCUUCGCAACAGAUCUCGUUUUCGAGUUAGGACGCUCCAAAAGCUUGAAUUAGCGCGUUUUUGGCCUAUUUUGCGUAUUUCGCGGACUUUGAAGGUUCAUAACUCGAAAAAAAAAAGUAAAAGACGUUCCCUAGUACCAGAGGUGGAAGAAAUGAGGGGCCCUCCAGGGCGCAACAUGCCCGCCUCAGCCAUUAGGCCUCUGAGAAGAAAUGAGCCGCGUCAUUAUGUGUCGAUGGCGUAUAAUACCACGUUGCAAAAAGUAGGGCGAAAAAUGGUCAUUUUUUUGUUCUUUUUUUCAUUAAAUCGUGGAUUUCGCAAUUUUUUUAAAUUUUUUUUAAUUUUUUUCAGUGGAUAUGAUGUCCAGUUGAAUUUUUUUAUGUGAAGUACGGUUAUAAUUGUUCUUUUCUUUAGGCGAAAUGUUCCAGAUUUAUGGUUACGAACCCGCUGACUAGUGAGAGAAUAAAUUUAAGUCGCCACCAAAUUGGAAAUUCAAAAAACCUUGUUCUAAAGCUUCGAAAACAACGAUUUUACAAGAUUUUAGAAGAUUCCAAUUUUUGCGCGUUCUUUUCCUUCCAAUGGCGUUUUUUUGCCAUCGCGGUUUUGGCCCCGGGCGCCCUGGGCAGCGACUUAUCAAGAAAUGGCCAUGGCGGCCUACGUCGGUUUAGAAAUGUAAACGUUUGAAAACGCUUAGGGGCGCCAUUUCUCCACCUCUGCCUAGUACGGUUAAAAGUUGACUUUAUCCACUAUUUUUCAAAAUUUUGUAAGUCUAUUUUUCUCUCCGGAUUUUUAGCUCUUUACUUGCCCACAUAUGUAAUCGAGUCGGGAAAAAUUGACCCUCGAUGAUCUUUCAGGGUCGCAUUCAGCAAGGCGGCCACCGAUGCGGUCACCUUCUCCGGCUACUCGGCAAUCCCGAUGAUCACGACAUCGCGUCAUCUCAAGACGGCCACCACCACCAUCAACUCCUACAGCAAACAUCGUCCCAACCGUGUCGCCGAGUCCAAUAAGAAACAGGUCCUUGAAUGAACUAUAUGUUCUAAACUUUUGGGACUUUUUUUUGGUAGCCAAAUUCAAAGUGUUUCAUGGAAAACUGAAUGAAUGAAUUUUGCCUAAUAUGGAAAAUAGGAUUUCGGAACUUGUGGGAGGAAGAGGACUUACAUGAACAUAAAAAGCUAAAAAUUAUGUUAAAGUUAAAAUUUCAGUUAUCGAUUUUAUAAAAAUCUUCGUUAGAUCAAUAUUUUCAAGUUCUGAGAUCUCAUCUUCAAACAAGUUUUUCAAGUUCAGACCUUGUUGAGCGCAAACAAAAAAAUUCAGCAAAAAAACAGGGAAUUUAGUCACCCUCUUUAUAGUCUGUGUACCACGACUUGGAAUUUCACCAAACGACACUUCGCUGUGCCGCUGCGCGCCUUUGCGAACCUUGGUCGCGCUUUUAAUUUUUUUUUUCCUUUUUUUUUCUCUACUUUCAUAUGCUCCCACAGCAAUAACAAUCAAUUGAAAGCGUGAUCUACAUUCGAAAGACGCUUCGCGAACGCACGCAGCGGAACAGCGGAAUGUCGUUCCGUGAAAUUUCAAGUCGUGCCACAUAGACUAUAAAACAACAAAAAAAGUCUCACUGUCCGACCAGUCCCUAGCCGAAAGCACUCCUUACUUGUAUUUCUUGAAAACUGUAUUUUUCUCUGACUUGCCUUGUGUAUGUUUCCGAAUAAAUGGCGGGAGGUCAAAGAUCGAAAAUGUUUGCAGAUCGUCCAAAUGCUCAUCUCAAUCGUUUGCAUGUACAUUGUUUGUUGGCUGCCGACGAUUGGUCAGUUUUUCUUUCCUUUUUUUUUUGAUAAUUUUCUACAAAUCUAUCAUUUUUGUGCACUUUUCUGCUUGGAACGCAUUGAGAACCGAGAAAAGAAGUACUUUUUUGUUAUUUUAUAUAUUUAUUUCAUUCACAAGGGGAAAUAGUCAUGUUGAGGUUCACAUUCGGAGGAUACUUUGAAGGCACGUUGGAAAAAUGCGGUCGGUUCGGUCGCUUUUUUUCAAAGGAGCCAUUUUUUUGAAAAGUUUAAAAGUUUUUUCCGUUCUUAAAUGUGUGAGUGUCCAAAAAUAGGUAAAAAAAUCUCGAUUGUGGUUAUGUUUCAGGUUUUGAAAAAAACCAAAUAUUGGGGGGGCUCAAAAUAGGAAAUUUUGUGUUUUUUUCAAUUAAUUUCAUGUCAUUCUUUUAAUUUUACCUGAAGUCGAAAUGAUGUUAAUUAAGAUUCAAGAGCACGAAAAUGGAAAAAAAUUCAGAAAAAAAUGAAUUUCUGAAAAAGACAAUGGCCAGAAUUAUCGGAAACCUGACUUUGAAACUCGUCAUAUAAUGAAGAAAUAGGUUCUUUGAACACGUUAAAAUUUUUAUUAAGCCCAAAGAAUUUUUGAAAACUUGGAAAAAUGGGCGUCAUAAAAAAAAGACCGAACCGACUGACUUUUCCAGAAUGCCUACUUUGAACAUCGAAGAGUUGGCCAAUUUUUGAAAAAAUGCCCGAGUGAACCGUAAAAUGAGCUUUCUCGAUUAGGAUUUUUCAUCAAUUUAAACUCGAAAAUGUUCAGUUGACGAGUUAUUGACGUCCUUCGGCUACAUUUGCCGCACUUCGAACACGCAGACGUUGAAACACAUGCGAAUGGGCUUCAACGCUCUUGUAAGUUUUGCUCAAGUGGUCCCUUAAAUGACCACUUUUGAAGACCUACUGCCAGUCGUGCAUCAAUCCGAUCCUCUACGCCUUCAUCUCCCAAAACUUCCGCGCCACUUUCAAAUCCGCCUAUUCUCGGAUGAAACAUCGACUUCAGGUAAUAUAUCUUAAGAGUAGUGGUCCCUAUAGGGGUUAGGGGAGAAACAGCCCCCAGAGGGUGUAAAAUUCAGGAGGUUCUCAUAGAGAUAAUAUUUAAGUGGUCCCUAUAGGGGUUCAGGACCUGACCGCUAAGAUUCUAAAGCUCAAGUGGUCCCUAUAGGGCUCAUAAAUCUCAAGUGGUCUCCUUUCAAAAAACGCAAGAUUUCUGACUUUUUCGCAUCAAAGUGCCUCAUAACAGAAAACAACUAGCUCGCUACCCUAUAGGGGCCACUAAACAAAAUCCCAAUAGGGGCCAGUUUUUCAAGCUUUACUGGCCUCUAUAAGUGAAGUGGCCCCUUAAGGAGAACCUUAAAGAGUCUUGCCCCUAUAGGGACCGCUCUAUCGUUCCUAAGUUUACCGAAAAACCAAAAAAUUACCGAAAAAAGAAAUUUAUAUGAAAGUCUUUCAGCAUUCUUAGAAGGUCGUUUUUGGUAAGAUGUGCGAUAUUUUAUGUUUAGCAUGGUUUUAAAGUUGCUGUGAUUAGUAGAUUUUGGCAAUAACUGACUUGUCAAGUGCGCUCUAGCGAAGAAAAGCAUUACGAUUGGCUGGCCACGCCCCUUUUUUUAAUAUUUCACAUUUAUACGUUUUUUUCGCUAGACCGCAUUUGUGCUUUCUCGAAUAGCUAGAGGAGACUUUUGAGCUUAUUCUUUUAUAGUUGAUCCGGUUCUGAAGAGAGAAAAGUGAUCGAGUUUUACAGGGAGUCGAGGAGAUCCGGUCGCGUAUCGGGUCGUGCUCCUCGGCGUCGAUGAUGUCCACCAGGAACCAUCACAGGAUCUACGGGAGCAGUUUCAAUACGCUUACGGUUCCUGGAAGGUAAGCUGGAAAGAACAAUAUCAGAAGGAAGUUUUUUGGAAAAUGAACCAUUAUGAAGCUUUUCUAGACGUUUUUCAGAUUUACGGAGUAAAUGAUAUGGAAAAGAAGUUUUUGAGGUGAUAGGGGCUCUAGAAAAAUUGCUUCUCAUAGAAUCAACGUGUGGAAUAAGAGUCAAAAAAAGAUCUCUGAACCUCUUUUUUCGCGCACUAUUUCGUAAACCGAUCAAUAAUUGUAUCAAGUAGCCCCUCUCAAAAAACACGUCUAAAACUUGAAGUGACAACUUGAAUAAAACGUUUACAGGUCAAUCAUCACGCCGAACAUGUCGCGGGACGUCUCCCAACUGUCCCUGUGCCGGCCGGCAUCUGGAAUGUCGUUCUGUAGGCCUCGAAGUCCGAUAGCUCAUGAUGGACCAACGACUUUCGGGCGGUCAGUCGGCAAUUUAAAAAAAACUUCUAGAUAGUUUCAUUAGAUAAAAAUGAUCAUCACUGGGAAAAAUUUCGAGAUCGCUUCCACUCGGUUACAGUCCCCGCAAAAGGAAAUUACGAUUGGGGGGGGUGGGGAUUGGUCUUAUUCUAGAGCCGCCCCCACAGUGCCAAGGGGGAGGGGGCGAUUCUAGCAUGUCUAGACGGCCCCCUUCAAAUCGUUUCGAGACCCAUUAGCAAAUUAAUUGACAUAUUGGUUGGGGGGAUUCUCCCUCAUCUUUUUUUAGCCACAUCUUUUUGACUUUAAUUCUGUAUGAGUUCCCGAAAAUUUUUUCUUCUCAUUUUAUAACUCAGAGGAACAAAUUUUUGUGUCCGGAACCAGACGGUAUUGAUUUUUUUGGUUCUAAAUGCUCCUCUCUCGAGGUUGGGAAGUCCAGAAGGGCCCUCGAUGCUUUCUCUCUAGAAAACGCUUUACCUUCUCCUAUGGGAAGCGCUGAAGCUUGAAAAAGUGGCCACUCUAAGGGUUUCAAUUAGUGAUCACUCUAGGGAGCAUGCUAGUGGUCCCCUAUACGUAUUUUUUUAACUUUUGAAUCAGGAAAAAUUUAAAAAGGAGACUACAUGAAUUUUAGCCCUAUAGGUGGCACUUUAUCGGGGGGGAGGUUUCUUAAAUAUCUAGAGUGACUACUCAGGAGUUCCCAAGCAAGAUAUCAUUCUGACCCUGAAUUUCAGACCACGCUCGCCGACGGACAUUUCGCGCGAUUCCGGGCGGCCCAGAAGUCCCACUGACCUGUCUCAAUCGUCACGACCAACGCCUAGGGGAUCAUUAAGGUUAAUUAAUUGAUCAAUUAUCGAUUCAUCUUCGAACAUUUUUCAGGCCUCGAAGCCCAACGAGCGUCUCACAAAUGUCGUCGAUGGUGGCCGUGAAUCGAUCGAGAAGUCCGACUGGCAUGUCGGUGACGUCAUACGCCGUUCCUAAUAGGUUCAUUCUUACUAGAGAGUGUGUUAAACGAAGAUAAAUCAGAGAAGCAGACAGUUAUUCUGAAUUUCGAGAAGCCUAGUCUAAAUUAUAAAAGAUGACGUCAAAAGCGUUACUACUAGAAGAGAGACUGUGAGGAUCGAAGAGAGAUUAGAGAACGAGAGACUUUGAAGGUUGAAGAGAGAUUUGAGAAACAAGCAGUCUUUGAAUUUUGAAUAGCUUAUAGGCUAUUAUCGUGACGUCAUACGCCGUCAUUAAACUGUCGCGGCUAGAGUGUCAGGAUCGGAGAGAAAUCAGAUAUGCUAUAGUGUGUUAAAUUGAGAGACAUCAGAGAAACAAGAUCUCCCUGCUUCUCUAACGUCUCUUCAAGAUCCUAUAAUCUCUAGUUUCACUUACUAGCACAUUAUUUCAAAACAUUAUCAAUAGAGCGCAUUUGAUCAAGAUCAUCAUUAGUUAUGGUCGAUGCAAAGUUUUCCAGAAAGCUUCUAUUCUGAAACCAACCUAUUUUUUUUAUCAAUAGGGCGCAUAUGAUAAUUCUUCAAAGCGGCUUUUUUCAGGACGCGCAGCCCAACGAUCAACUCGAAUCAGUCGGCCCAGUCAAAUAACUCGAAAAACUCUGGUGAACGGACCCUCGACCUGCUGACAGUCCGCGACGCCGUCAGGCCGAGAACACCGCCAAUCGCUUUGUGA